AGUGUGAAUAUGAAAUAAGAAAACAGGCAUAAAAUAACAUAAUUAAAUAUUUAUCAAUCAAUGUGACUUUAUAUUUAAGUAGUGGCCCUUCAAAUAAAAGAAAUCAAUCAACAGCUUUAUGGUGUUAUUAUAAUCUUGAUAUAAAAAUGACACACAGAGCUUUCCUAUUUUACUUUACAUUCCUGUUGACAAUAUUUGAACAAAUUUGUAUGACACAUAUGUCGUUUCAGGACAAUGGGUCGAUUCAAGGCACAAAAGAAGUUCAUUUGUUUUCUGAAGAUGCACAUAAAGAAUUUUCAAUAUCAGGAUCAAAUGUUAUUCAAAAUUUGGAUAGCCGUAACUCCAAAAUUUUUCUAAAAUUUGAACCUGAUAUUUUAGAUUUUAAGCAAAGAAUUCUUGGUGUUCCCUACCAUGAAAAAGUUACAGUAAUUAACGUAGAUAGUAAUAAGACAAUAGUAAUGAGUUCUAUAUCGGGGAAUACAGUACAUUUUCAUAGUUCGUUCUUUGAAGAUAAGGUUAUACCGCCAAAAGGUAAUACAACAUUUAAUGUUGUAUUUUUGGGUCGACAAGAAGGUGCUAUUGAAAGUAUAUUGCUUAUUCAUACUUCUGAAGGGAGUGUUCAAUAUAAAGUGAAAGGUAUAAGUGCAGCAAAUCCAUAUCGUUUGCGGCCAUUAGUAGAUAUUCGGCUUCCAUUAAACGCAUCUUUUUCACCAUUAAUUUAUAUGCAUAAUCCUCAUUCGACUGCAAUACAGAUAACAGAAGUGUACAGUAGCGGAGGUGAAUUUCAUCUAGAAUUACCUACAGGUGAACUGGAAGGACCUAAACAAAUGUGGGAAAUUCCACCUUAUCAAACUCGACCUGUAAUUAGAGUUAGAUUUAAUGCAAGAACUGAAGCUAAUCAUACUGCUUAUAUCAGAAUAAAACUUAAUAAAAGUGAAGAAGUAUUAAUUGUACCAUUAGAAGUAGAAGUUGGAUCAUUUCCUGGUUUACAUGCCUCACAAGGUGGUGUUGAGUUUGGUGUUGGUGGAUCUUUAGAUCCACCUAAAAAAGUCAAAUUGUUAUUACAUAAUACAUGGAAAAAAUCAAUUCGUAUUCAUAGUAUUGUGACAAAACCAAAUAAUAAUGUGAUCAGUAUCGACUUCCAACCAAUUAAAAUACCACCUCUUGGAAAAACUCCAACACUUGCAGGUUACCUAACUAUAAAUUGGAAAUCAGCUUAUGAUUUAAAACAGUUUUUCGGUCAAAUUAUUGUGAAAAGUAAACAAAUCCCAUACGAUAUGAUUAUCCCAUAUUGGGCUACUAUGUAUCCUGGUGGACUUGUUUAUAAUUCAUCGGUCGCUCAAUAUUUAUCUGAUAAACGAUCGUUAGAUUUAACUCCAAGAAAUUUUCCGGUUACAAAUUUUUUUAAUUUACCUGUGGCUAUUAUAAACGUUACUUUACCGUUGGAAGCAAAAUCAUAUUUUUUGAUACAAAAUUUUCAACCAAUUGUCAUCCAACCAAAUAAAACAGCAAAUUUAUUUAGUUUGAAAUGUAUUCGAAAUAAUGUCGCAGAAUUUCAUUUUGAAUCUAAUAUUAUAAUUUAUACUAAUAUUUCUACAAUUAAAGUUCCACUCUUGAGUUAUAAUGGAAAAUUAAAAAAGAUAAUUCCAUUCGUUGACCCAAAUGAAACAGUUUUAGAUUUAGGUUUAGUGGGUAAUGAAAAUAUGAAAGAAUCCUAUUUAAUAUUUGCAAAUAGAAAUCCAGUGGAUGUGAAUUUAAAAAAGUGGAGCACGGAUCUAAAAAAUUCAGAAUUUUCUUUAGUGGGCUGUAAUUCGGGAAAUAUUACUGAAGCUAUCAUGAAUUAUUCUUUUGAAAAUUUAUAUUCAUGUAAAUCCAUAAAACCAAAUGAGUAUGCAGUGUUUCUAUUAUCAUUAAAGGCGCCAAGCAUGGAUGGUCAAGUAUUAGGUGAAUUAAGUUUGGAGACAACAUUUGAAAGAAUUUCAAUUCCUGUAACAAUUCGUACGGCACCUGGUAAAUUAAGUAUUGAACCAGAACGAAUUAUUUUUGAUGAAUGUUUUCCUAAUACAAUAUGCAAACAAGUUUUGCGUAUUCAUUCAACAUUUUCAAAGGGAAUGAAUUUUCUACGAUUAAAUAGUUUGCCGUUUGAUUCUCGUUUUUCAUAUGAAUUACCAAAUAAAACUGUUGAAGAUUCUUUACAUAUUUCACCGAGAAUAUCACGAAUUGUUGCACAUUUGUACUUUGAUCCAUCAUUAACUUGUGCUCCAUACUGUUAUACAGGAUUCACAUUGAAUUCUACAGUGGGCACACAAUGGUUAAAAACUUUUACGUUAUUACAUUCCACAUUGGAAUUUGACUUAAAAUUAUUAAACACAAUGUAUGGACGAUAUUUAAACAUCACAUCGAAAGGUUUAUCACGAUGGCAAAAUUUAACAUUACGUUUAGAUACAACAGAAGUGAAAGAUUUUAUAUUUAAUACACGUGUGAAAAUUACUUGGCCAAGAUUGUUAAGUAACUCUUCAUCUGAAAAUAAGAGUUUUCUUAUGUUUCCAACAACACAAAUUGGAAAUGUUUCUACACAAACAUUAACAUUCCACAACCCAUCAUCAUUUCCUAUAGUUUUACAUUUAGUCAUGGAAGCGGUCUAUCCAGGUGGACGAAAAUUGUACGAACAAUUGCCAAAUGGAUUUAAAAGAAUAUAUCCAAAUACAUCUGGAGUUUCAUCAACAACGUUUUACUUUGAUAUGGAACAAUUACAAGAAACUUCAAAUUUUGCUCAAAUACAUAACGUAUCAAAACACACAGACAGUGUACUACUUGUAUUGGAUGCUGACAAAACAGUUGACGUCACAAUACAUUUUAACGCAACUAGUCCUGCAUUAAAAUCAACUUUACUGUAUAUCCGAAAUAAUUUAACUGUCAUAGAAGUAGUACGCCUUGUAGGUCAAGGUGCUUAUCCUGUAUUAAAAUUUGGCAAUCGUAAACCAGGCUCAUUAACACCAUUAAUGUUUGAAUUAUCGGAUAAACAUUUAAAAGAUUGUGAAAAAGAACGUUUACGAAAAAAUCCAUCACCGAAUUUAACUGUAAAACGUUCAUUUACCGCACGAAAUGUGGGUGAUGUUUCCAUAUAUAUUAAAGGAUUUUAUAUAAAUGGCUAUCCAUGUGAAGGAUUUGGAUUUAAAAUAUUAAAUUGUGAACCAUUUAAUUUACCACCGAACGAAACUAAAAAAGUGGAUAUUGCUUUUACACCGGAUUUUACAUUAGCUAAAAUACAACGCACAUUAGUACUUGAUACUAGUCUAAGUAUACAAGUCAAUUAUACAUUAAUUACAACAGUACCACCGUAUUUUUUAGCACCUUGUUCGACAGUAUUAGGACGACCUUCAUGGGAAAAUUUAUUAUAUUAUAUAUCGAUUAGUUUUAUGUUUUUUUUAUUACUUUGUGUUUUGACUGGUGCAUUUUUAGAAUCAGAUCGUAUAAUACAAACAACGGUUACAAUCUUAACUCGAGAUUCGUUUGUUAUGCAACAACCAUUAGAUUUACGUUUAAUUGGUACAACAAAACAUGACAUAAAAACAAAAACGGAUCUUGAUCCGGAACCAAAAUGUGUACAUCAUUCUCCGAAUAAUAAUGAUGAAAUCAAAUUAAGUAAAAAUAAUAGUAAUUCUAAUUUAAUUAUGAUUGAUUCGUCGCCGGUUGUGAAAAAUCGUAAAUCCGUUGUUAAUAUAUCGUCAUUUAAUUUAUCAUCAAACAAUAAAAAUACUAAAAGAAAAGUAACGAAAAAAAUUAGUAAUGAACCACCUCCUCCACCACCUCAAUCAUCUGAAGUACAAAAUAAAGAAUUAAACAAUAAGAAACAAGUGAGUACAACGCUGAAUAAUUUACCUGAAAAAGUUGUUAUAACAAAUAUAAUUCGAAAUAAAACUAAUACAUCGCCUGUGAAUAAUCGUAAAAUAAAAAUUGAAGAACCUAUAGUUAAGAAAGAACAAAAAUCGCACACUAAAAAACAACUUACGAAGAAGAAAUCAAUUGAUGUACAUUGUUCAGAAGAAGAUACGUCAUCGACGACAACAGAAUAUUCAAAUAAUGAAGAAGGUGAUAAAGAGAAUUUAACAAAAAAUGACAAAAAUCGUAAAUUUAUAACUAAAAAAUUAAAAGUGAAUGAUUAUCGAGAUAGUUAUGAAGGUGACGAUGAAGAUAAUGAGAAAAAAGUGGUUUCAACAACUCAUCAUCAUCAAUGGAAACUUCGUUCAUCUGAAAGUAAAUCAUUAAAUAAAACAAAUUUUGAACCAACAAUUCAAACAAAUGAUAUCAAACAAGAACCGUUACAACAUAAACGUGGAAAUCGUAAUAAUAAUCGUGACAAAAAAGAAAAAACCGUACCGAAGAAACGUACUAUUGAUAAGCAUCAUAUUAAUGGUAAAUUAAAUACAAUUUUACCAUCGGAUACAUCAAAAUAUGUAAAUACUUUACGACCGACAUCAACGAUACCACCAACAAAUUGUUGGGGUGAAAAUAGAGCACGAUUUAGUGAUGUAGUCGCUGGUGGUGAUACAAGUACAAAUACGUUAAAAGAAAUAAAAAAUAUUACAGAUUCAUUAAACAACACACAAUCGAAUUCAUUAUUUAGUUAUGAUCAUAUUCGAACAACAGAUGUUGAUAACACAUUACACAAUACACAAUUGGGUCCAAUUGGUUCAAAGAAAUCACAUGUAAAUAUUUGGGAAUCUGUUCCAAAUACUAGUAGUAAUGUACAAAUAGCAACUGGUUCAAAUUUAAAAACAUCGCCGUCAACUCUUGUGGAUACAACAUCUACUGGUAUACAACAAAAUAAUGAGAGUUUCUUUGCCAAUAAUUAUUUAGAAUCGUCUAGACAAUCGUUGGAUGGUAGUUCAUGUUUGGGUGCUAAUACAAGUACAAAUAAUAAUAAUGCAUUAAAUUAUACAAAUGAUAUUUGGGAUACACGCACAUCUGCCGCAAUGAUGACUAUGCUUCAUAAUUCGGCAAGAAGUAUGUUAGGUGAUUAUACUUCACAUCAUGCUAAUUAUCAGAAUAAUUGGACUGGAAAUAAUAGUCUUUGGGGAGACAGCACGUUUUUACCACCUCCAGUUGGUGAAGAACGGCAACAAUUGUUCCAACAGCAGCAACAUCAUAUGGGAGGUAUUGGAAUAGGCGGUAGUUCAUUGUGGAAUGCGUCACCUUGGACACCCACUGCAACAAUUGCACCUGAUACACCUACAAGAACUCCUCCAGGAUUCCCAGCCCGUCCACCACAGCGUGAAGAUGAAGUUGAUCGUGAAUUAACAUUUGAUCCUUUUCGUUCAUUGAGUAAUAUUUGGAGUCCCCGAGCACCACCUUCGUCUUAAAAAAAAAUCUGUCUGAUUUUAGUAUUAUUAUAUGAAGAAUUUAUGCCAAAGAAUGAAAUUUUUUUUCAAUUAUUUAUCGGAGUUCAUUUUUUUUCUCUUUUUCGUUUGAUAUUUCUAGAUGUUUCUGUUUUUGUGACACUUAGAUUUAUUUAACCCUCUGAUAGUACAAAAUACUUUUUUUGAUCUGGUUAGAAAAUUAAA